GAGCCCGAAGCUGGGGUUGUCAUGGUAACGGCGUCCCUGACACUGUCCUUUCAGUGACAGUCCACUCGGUUAGCCAUGGCUACUGAUCCAGGGACAGCGGAGUGUUCUCGUCUGCCAGACACAUCACUUGGGCCUAAGGGCACGAAGAUCAGAGAGCAGCUCCGCAAUAAUAUAGACGAGUCCGAGUUGAACAGGGACAUGACCUGCGAGGAGGAGGCAGUGGUGCGGGCUGGAGAGGCUGGCCACGCCCUCACCACUUCAAUCCACGCCCAUGAACGCGAUCUCCACUGCCUCGUCAAGCAUGGCUGCACUAUGGUGGGAAACGUGGAGGUGGCGGCGCUAAGCUGGGAGGUGCGCGCUAGGGUGGAGAGCGAGGGACGGAGAGAGGAGUGGCGGACAAGGCUGGAGGAGGAUUCCAGUAAGACGCACGACGCCCUACAUCGCAUCCAACAGUACUGGGAGGAGGUGGUGGGGCUGAGUGUGCCUGAGGACCUUCACCAGGGACUCUGCCAGUUGCAAGACUGGACCCAAGAACUGACGAACCAGAAGACCCAGAUCGUGACGGGGCUGCGAGACGAGCUGGGCACACUGGACGCCGCCUACGAGAGUGAGCUGCAGCAGCAGGCAAGGCAGAGGACGGAGCUUUUGAGGCGCAUCACAGAACACGUCUCCGAGCUGCACCACACCUACCGCGACGCCCUCAGAGCUGUGCAGGCCGUAGCGGAUAAGGAACGAGCCGCCCUUGUGCAGCACUACGGAAACAUGUGGGACCAGGCGGUGGCGGGCCUGGACGAGCAGCUGCAACGCCUCCUGCACGAGCGUCUACACAACAGGGCUUCUCGACUGGACCAGAUCAUCGAACUCAAGCUGCACGGGGCGGCUGAGCACAUGGCGGCGAUGGACAAACUCGACACUGACAUUGAAAAGGUGCUGGUGGAGGUCAUGCGGAUGAAGGCGGCGCAGCAGGUGGAGGAAAGCCAGCUGCGAUACAGUCAGCAGGUUCUACAGCAGCAGUAUCGAGAGACCACCGCCCUUGUCAGUGAAGCUCGCCGCUCCCUCAACGCCCUCACGCCCGUCCUCAACACCUACAGGAGGAAGUCCGAGGCGGCCGAUGCGGGACGGGCUGCACGGGAGCAGACAGCGGUGCGGGAGGCUGCCAGGCUGCGUCAGGUGAGCCAACAGCACCGAGGCAGGCUGGCACACAUCUCAGGCCUCUUCACUCGCCAGGCGCGCUCCCUCUCCCUCAUGCACUACCGCACUCUUCGCUCUCACGUCAUGCAGGUACUGGAGGUGGAGCGGGCCAUCCCAGGGGUGUUAGCUAGGGACUGGGUGGAGCCGGACCUUCAGCCCCUUCAUGACCUGAGCCCUCCGCCCAACCCCCGUCACACCUCAGCUCUCGCCGCAGCCACCAGGAUACUCAGGCCCCCUGCUGGUGAGUCCUGCGAAGGGCAAGAAGAACUUCAUCGAUUGAGGGAGGCGUUCCUUACUCGCCUAGCACGGGAGGCUGUUUUUCUGCUCAACACAGACGCGGCGCACUUAGCGGAGCAUGACCCUCUGCUGACACUGGAGCAUGUCUUCUGGGAGCUGAGUAUACACACGGAAGCGGACGUGGCGAAGCUGUUGCGUCAAGCAGAAAAGUACCAUGCUCAGCGGCCACCCCGACCUUACCGCAGGGAACGAGAUGGCGUGGCGGAGGACGAGGACGCCGACAGGGAAGACGAGGAUUACUGGACAGAAUCAGAGAGCGAGGAACUGUUUACCCCAGAGGACGUUCUCAGCAUUCUGGUCACCUUCUGCACUACCAGAAACUCGAAAGACGUGAUGAAAGCCAAGACAGGAGACGAGAUGGGACCCGAUCAUCUGUACACCCAGGAGGGAGACGAGGCUGCCCGCUGGAGGAUCUUCGUGGACAAUCUGUACAAGAGGACACGACUCUGGGGUACUAUCAAGGACGCCCUCACGCAGUACCGGGACGUGCUCACCGGUCGCCUGGAGGAGUCGCAGAGGGUGGAGCGUCUGAGGCGCGAAAAUGCUGAGCUGAGGUUCCUGCUGCAGAGUGUGGCCGCUGACAUACAGUGAGUCUGCCCCGCCACUUCCCUCGCCUUGCUGGGCUGCUGAGUUG